GAACUCAAUCAAAACACACCUAUAUUUUCAGUCACAAUGGAUGGGUCUAGCAUUGUCGGCCGGAGCACCGUACGUCGAACUUCAAGGCAGGGCCGGCGAAGAAGGUCGAGCGGGGGGCUCGAGGCCAUAAAAAGCAAGCCCACCGAGGUGCAGAAGACGGAGCGACCGCUGGAGCUGGAGAAAGCGCUGAAGCAGAGGGUGUUCCUCUACAUCCAGCUGAACGAGAUGAGCAAGCUGCCGAAGACGGAACACCCGCUGGAGCUGCACCUUUACCAUCCGAAGAACACGCUGCAGAAGAUGCAGGAGCGCUACACCACGGAGACGAUCAUCUACCAGCACGAGUUCAAUCUGAAGAAGCCGGUGUUCGCCUUGGGUGUGAUGCAGGACGACCUCGAGGACAUGAACGAGUUCAGCGAUCAGCCGCUGUUGAUCUCCCUCUACCAAAGGAUUCCCAAACGUCGCAAAGGAGCCAAGACAAAGUCCCGUAGCUCUGCAUCUUCCCAGGCAGUGAGUCCACCAAACUCUGAGCCCUCGGAUCGCGGUGAAGGUGUCCCCAAAAAGAGGUCGAGUAAAAGGAUAUGCAGCGAAGAGGGUGGUGAGGAGGAUGACGCCAUUGCGGAGGAACGGCUGGAACUCUUGUCCCGCGGUCACUGCGAUCUGCUGCAGCUUUUCCAGCGACGCCGCUUUAUAAGCGACAUCACCAUCUUUCUGUAUCCGGAAUACCAGACCAUUUCGCAGGCCCAGUCCAAUGAGAAAAUAACCACCUGCAGCGUGUGGCACAUGUACUCCAUUCUGCCCAUCCUGAAGAACUUUGACUUCACCAAUUUGGCCUUUAUGACCCUAGAAUCGAUUUACAAUGUGCCGGAGGAACUGCAUUCGCGGUCCGCCGAACUGGGACUCAGUGUUUCCUUUCGUUCAAAGCAGCCGGUUGAGCAGGAUGGUGGUUACGGCGUGAUGCCAUUGUGCAUCUAUUUCGGCUUUAUAUCGCAGAUUAUUAGCGACCAGAACACCAGCAUUGUGUGGGAGAACAUUAAGCGGGAUCUCAACCACAACAAGCAUUUCAGCUUCAACCAAAUGGAGACCAGCUGCAGGGUCAAGUUGCCACGCCUCUUUCGCAUGUUGCUCUGGGAGCAGGAUGUGGACUUUCAGGUCGCGAGUAUCGAUCCUGUAUCGGACUUGGCCCUGAUCAACAACUCGCUGCACCGAUUUGUUCUCAACGAGGAGCUGCGGCAGAUCCUCGAGCAGGCUGUUGUUCACAACGACUACGAACUGCUGCUGCAACUCUACCAGGAGACACCGAACAAUGUCCUGUACGAGGGAGUCCUCAAUCCCAGCAUUUUUGGUUACCCAGGUGUCAACUACUGCCGCUUUGCCAUCCACUUGAAGCCCGUUGUGGGUUCUAAAAUCAAAGUUAGCCUGCCGAGGGAGACCCUGCAAGUGGCCCCAAUGUUUUGCACCUUCAAGAUUUGCUUCUUCCAGCCAAUCUGCGAGCGCAACGAGCCCCUGGACAAGUUCAACGAGAGCCUCCUCAGAAGGUCAAAGCUGCAGCGCUGCUUCGACAUGGAAUUUCUCAAGGAGGACGUGAACGAUGCGGAUGUGUGUCUGGAGCUGUAUCGCAACUUCGAUGAUCUCAUUACCGACACAAUCGGCUUCAUAAUCAAGCGGGAUGUCAAGGACAUCAAAGAGAAGAAGGAUUUCUUCUGCUGCCAGCUGGGAAACCUAAGCAAUCUGGUGUUGAAAAUCUGCGGCUGCGACUUCAACGUACGCAUGCCCACGAAAACGAACAUUGAAUUUAGAGAGAUGCUGACACACGUGUACAACGAGCUGAUGGAACGCAUUGAGGGCAUCUUCACCGCCUGCAGUUGGAAAAAUAGCUGUGACUGUGCCACCAAUCAGGAGUACGGGGAGCAUGGCCUGACCCGGAUGAUGAACGAAAUGCGACUGGCCAGCCUCACUGGGCAGCGGGACUUGGCCAUCCACAUCUACGAGGAGCUCGACAGCAGCACCUCCAACCGAACCAUUUUCGAGUUUGUAACGCUGCUAAAUAGCGUUGAGAACCUGCAAUUCGAGCAGGCGGCGAGGUAUUUCAUCAAACCACGGACCACCGACUGGAGCGGACAUUACUUUACAUUGCUACUGCAGCUUUAUAUCAACUACAUGAUGGAUCUGAGAUCACCAGACGAGGAAGUCUUGAGCAAAGCAAAAACGAAUAUGAUCGAGAGUCUACACCAGUUCGCCCACAAAAACAGUCUGGAAACGGAGAUAUGGGUUCUGCUGUACUGCUACUACAAGGAAGUGGAUUAUUUGCCGGGAAUGGAGUUCACGCGUUGGAAGUUUCAGAAUCUCCUCGAAAUUUCUCCCAAGACUCUGGCCUUCACACCUAGCUCCCUUUAUGAACUUUAUCUGCCGGUUGACUUCGAAAUGAAGGGCUCUUGCACCGCGAUGAACACCCAGAUCUACCCUGUUUUUAAGCUUUUUGCUCGCCUGGGAGCAUACGCCUUUGCUGAGGCUGUGUUUGCCAAUAUAGAGUUAUGCUUUACGGAAGCCGAAGCUUAUCUUAUAAAGACCACUCUAAAGAUUCUCCAGCGGCAGAUUAAUGAUAAGUUUAAGGUGGUUAUGAUGCCAACGGAUAACAGUGUGCCAGGAAAGUUAAAGCGCUGUUACCAACUGCAUAUUAAUGGCAGUGCGGAAUAUUCGCGAGGACGUUGCGACGAAGCCCUGAAAUACUUCCAGCAAUUGUUGCUAGCGACGGAUCCGAAUGACAAGGCUUUGUUUAGGUUGAGUUUCCUGCGUCUUGGUCAAUUGGCCCUAAAAAAUGGACACUAUGAGCUGGCCGAAAAGACCUUCGAUCUCUGUGUGCCCUCUAGCCACAGACGAAAGAACUUGUUGGCCAACUUUGGAAAGGGAUUGGCACUUUACCAUCUUAAUCGACUUGAAGAAGCCAUUCCUUUUCUCUCUCGCUGCACUGAAGUCGAUAUCUUUAUUCCCGAUGUCUGGGGAUAUUUGGCCACCAUCAACCUGAGAUUAAGCCGAAACAAAACUGCUUUGGAAUGCUGGAAAAUGGCCAAAAUGUACCCAGAACUCGACAUAAGCAAGUCCGUAUAUGCCGAACUGGAAAAGAUUCAGUACUCAGACGUCCAUCUGCUUGUUGAUGACGAUGGAAAUCCUGCAGAACGUAUGUCGAAAAUGGACUUCAUUGCUCUGUAAUUAAACCGAACUAUAGACUAUAGACUAGCCUAAG